AAUGUCAUAUGUUAACUUCAUAAUUCUACUCUUGUGUCAUAUAAAACAAUCUUUAUUUAUUGACAAAGAGUGUGUAAGGUUAUACAUCAAGUUCAAUAACAUGGGUUUACAUGCCAAAUUAUCAAGUCAGUUUUUAAAUUUAUUACAUCUAUUUGACAACAAUGUAUUCACUAAUAUUAAAACAGUCGGUAAAUUAUACUUUUCAUCAAUUCUCUCGAAAGACAAGCCGAUGUACCAAAGCCAAUUUUUCUAUACAUAACGCACUUGUAAGCGGGUUUUCUAGUCGAAUUCAAACUCCACUCCAUCUGAACGCCUCACACAGUGUUCUACACAGCCAUGAAAAUAAACUACUACUUUUUCCUGUGAGACUUUCUUCAAGUGACAAAGACUUUUUGGUGUGCUACAAUGAGUUGAGGAAACUGAGGAAAUCGAACAAAGUGUUACUGAUAGAUGUCCGAAAUCAUGGUGAAACAUGGAGAACAGGCACAAUUCCUGGCAGCCUUUGUAUCCCAGGUAGUCAUAUAACACUAGCAAAUGAAGUUAAAUCCGCCAUCAAUAUGACUCCAGAAAAGUUUAAAAAAACUUACUGCAGAGCUAAGCCCAAUACUUUCGAUAAUGUUGUGUUCAUAUGUCGCAGAGGACCUAGAAGUUACAAAAUAACUCUACAAGCAAGAAAGAUGGGGUUUAAAAAUGCUAAAGCCUACAAAGGGGGAUUUAUAAGUUGGUUUGAUCAAGAACGAAUAAAGAGAGAGAUCAAAGCAGCUAAAAAUACAGGAACAUGUGAUAAGACAGCUAAUAAAAAUAAUUGAAACUUGUAUUUUUCUGAAUAAAUGGACAAACUCUUAAAAUUUUAUCAACUAAA